AUGGUCAACCCCGGUGGCGGAACUGGAGGCAGAGAUGUGCCGGCGCUUCAAUGGCACAUUAUCAAAAGCGAUGUUCCCUUUGAGCUCUUGGCCGUCCAGGUGUCCCCCCUCAAGGUCCACCACGGGUGUUACUUCAACGCCUGUCGGCAACCCUUGAGUCCGUACGAGUGCCUGGAAUUCCUGUUUGACCAGACGUUCUGCUACAUGUCCGGAUUUGCCCGGCAUUUGACGGACUGGUUAUCUCCACUGAUGGCGUAA